AUGUACUUCGCUCGCGAGCACCUUGCGUUUGAUGAUGACCUGCUCUUCGGGAGGUCUGAUUCCGACUACGAAAGCGAUGGCGACCUCUUCCUCCCGAGGCGUCGGAGCCUUUUCCCUCGCGUUCCCCAGGCCGAUUCUUUCAUCAGCCUCCAGGUGGUGGACUGCUACUUCACCCAGGACACGGUGGCUUGCCGGUUCCGCCAUGGGAUCAAAGCUGGGGCUUUCCUCUCGGAUGUGGUCGCGGAGGUUCGAGCGGGUGUCAUCCACCCCAAUGACAUGGGCUUAACGGUUUUUGAACACGCUGGUCGGUACUACACCUUCAACAACCGCACGCUCUAUGUGAUGAAGCAUGCGGGUGUCAACAUGGUAAGAGCGAAGCUCUGGAACCGGCCAAACAACUACCAUUCACGCAUCUGCUUCGGAAAGAACGCAGCGAUGCGCUAG